CCUCCUUCGGUUCUCGGUGAGCUUGGCCACAAGCAAGCGUUCACCUUCCCUGUCUGCCUGGAAUCCAUUCAUUGUCCCUCACAUCCUAUAGCUAUAGCCCUGCUACCAUGGACUACGACGCAUAUGACGCUUUGCUCCACCACAUUUUCAAGCAGACUCAAGGCGAUGCCUGGUUCAAGCCCUCGGAGGAGAACGUGCACGCGGGUGUCUGUCUGCGUGUAGACGCCAGACGCUUCCGUGUCUUCCCUUACGAGAACCACUACCUCGAGCCAUUCGAGGCUGCCAUAAGACAACUCAACCCGGUAGUGGCUGUCAAGAUUCGCAGUGCUGCCAUCCAUGCGGCGCUCAACACGGUUAAGGAUGAUGCGGAUGCCAUCUUCAUUGAUGUUGAUAACCGGAUCCAGGUCCUCGAGACCAUGGCACUCCUACCCCGGGCAGACAAGGAGCAGUGUGCUGCGUUCAUUCGCGACGAGGGCGUUCUGGUCGUCUGGUCAUACGCGCUCGAGACCAUCAUCCCCACAUGCCGCGACUUCGAGGAGAAGCUCAUCCACCUCGUCUGGAAGCAUCGAAAUGCAUUCGGCUCACUGGCAUCGUCGAUCGCGCCGUCGACCUAUGCCUCCGACUCGGACGUCAACCUGACCGAGAAGACCCAACAGGCGCCCGUCGUCACCGAGAAGGAGGUCGCCGAGCUCGCGCAGAAGAAAGAACCGAAGCCGAAGAAACGCAACUGCGGCAUCUUCAGCUACUGGGUCUCGGCGAAGGAGGACAUGGACUCGGAGAAGACCGCGAGCAACAGGCCAAUACGGCUGUUUGCGCCAGUGUAUGGUGGUCUGGCUGCCGCUCUGUCGAUCUUCUUCAUCGCUAGCGGUAUCAACACCAUGAUAGAGGAAUCGGUAUUGGACGACACGUACGUUCGGUGGGCUCUCUGCGUGACGAUCCCGUUCUUGUUCUGCGUUUCUCUGUUCUUCUCUGGGCAGAUUAUCACGAACAUCUCUUUCAUCCUCGGACCCGUUGCACAGUUCCAUGAGAACUCGAAGUACUACUCUGCCAUCCCCCCUGCACCCAACAAGCUCGUGGACUCGAAUUUGCCGCACAUCACGGUCGAGAUGCCGGUCUACAAGGAGAGUCUGAAGGAGACAAUCGCGCCAUCGGUGUAUUCUUUGAAGAAGGCGAUACAGACGUAUGCUCGACAAGGCGGCACCUCCUCCAUUUUCGUCCACGACGACGGUCUCCAGCUUAUCGGCGAGGAAGAGCGGCAGGCGCGUAUCGCCUUCUACGCGGACCACAAUAUCGGCUGGGUUGCCCGCCCGCCGCACGACAACUCUCCCGGUGGCUUUCAGCGCGCUGGCCGGUUCAAGAAGGCCUCCAACAUGAACUAUGGCCUCGCGCUCUCGCUCAAAUUGGAGAAGCACCUCCUCGCACUCGAGGCCGAUGCCGCCGCACGGGGCACGUACCACGUCGAAGGCGAAGAGUCGCUCGAAGACCAGGCGAUGAACAUGGCGGUCGAGGAGAUCUACGAGGAGAGCGGUAAGCGCUGGCGGCCGUGGGCGUGCAACGGGCGGUCGCUGCGCGUUGGCGACAUCAUCCUCAUCGUGGACUCGGACACGAUCGUGCCCGAGGACUGCUUCCGCGACGCGGCGCGCGAGCUGUACGAGUGCCCUGAGGUCGCGAUCAUCCAGCACGAGUCGGACGUCAUGCAGGUCGCGCACCACUACUUCGAGAAUGGCAUCGCGCACUUCACGCGCAGGAUCAACAAGUGUAUCUCGAUGGCCUGUGCGAACGGCGAGGUCGCGCCAUUCGUGGGACACAACGCGUUCUUGCGCUGGUCGGCACUUCAGGAUGCGGCGUUCGUCGAUGUGGACGAUGGCGUGAAGAAGAUCUGGUCAGAGUCGAACGUGUCAGAGGACUUCGAUAUGGCGUUGCGCUUGCAGCUUAAAGGGUACAUCAUCCGGUGGUCGACAUACUCGGAUCACGGGUUCAAGGAAGGUGUCUCGUUGACAUGCGACGAUGAGCUCAACCGGUGGCAGAAGUACUCGUAUGGUUGCAAUGAGUUGAUCUUCAACCCCCUCAUUCACUGGUGGCGCUUGGGGCCGAUUACGAAACAGCUGCGCAUCUUCAUUUGGUCCGCCGCCCCGAUGCACUACAAGAUCAGCAUGUUGUCGUAUAUGUUUUCGUACUAUGGUCUCGCCGCCGCCGCUAUCCUGUCGAUACUGAACUAUCUCCUGCUCGGGUGGAACCUGACGGUCGAUGGCUUCUACUUGCACAGCUUCGAGGUCUGGCUGGCAUGCACUGUGGUCUUCCCGGGCGCGGGUAAUGUUGGCUUCACACUUCUUGAAUACCGACUCGGCCAACGCAGCAUCUUCGACUCCCUCAUUGAGAACCUCACCUGGGUACCCUUCUUUUUCUUCUUUUUCGGCGGCCUUUCUAUACACCUCUCGCAGGCGCUCCUCGCGCAUCUGUUCUCCUACAACAUCACCUGGGGCGCGACCAAGAAGGAAGUCGAGCGUUCCAACUUCUGGCUCGAGGUUCCCAAGAUCCUCAAGCGCUUCUGGCUCGCGCUCAUCAUCUGCAUCGCCAUCGUCGCGGUCAUGAUUAUCUUCAGCACGACCGCCGUGCCCUCGGGCUGGCAGAUCUACAGCUGGGACUGGGCCGUCAUCCUCCCUCUCGCGAUCACCGUCGGCUGCCACCUUCUCUACCCGAUCGUACUCAAUCCGUGGUUCAUGAUCUUUUCGUACUAGGCUGCUGUGAGAUUGAACAGUGACUUUCUCGUCUUUACUCGGGUGAUGCGGACUCAUACAUGUAUCUCGCACAAGUCUAUAGACCACGGUGGUCGUAACUUACAGGACUAUCUGGAGCCAGUGGUAUCUCUGUACUAUCCUGUGUUCAUAUGUUUUCCUCACACUCCUUCCCGGUGUACAUCAGUAUUACUCGUCGGUCUCUAUCUUUCCCUGGGUUACG